AUGAUUAAGUUAAAUAUAAUACAUUCUUAUUGGCAUUAUAAAGCUUGGCAAAGAGCUACAGCGGGAUAUCUAAGAACAUUUAUUAAAAAUAAUUUAGCAAAUAAUGAAAUGAUUGGCUAUGUUAUUAAUGACAAGCAUCCGAAAAGUAUAAGAGUGGCUUGUGAUAGAUAUAUGUAUGUUGUUAGAUAUAAAAAGACUUUUCGAUAUACAAAAAAAAUUUGGGCACAUGAUGAAAAAAGUGAAGCAAAAGUUGGUGACGUUGUUAGAAUCCAACCAUUAGGAUAUAGAAUUGGUCCAUGGAAGAAUUAUAUUCUUGUAAAAAUUUUAUAUAAAGAAAAUAAAAAUUAA